UUCUAUCUUCCUGGGGCCAGCCCCUACUUCAGGCCAAAUCCAUUUUAUGAAAACUUGAAGAUAAAGGAGAAAGAGGUCAUGUCAUUACUGCACAACUUAGACACAAAGAACAUUGAACAUCGUGAGAAAUUUCAGGAGCUCAAGAAGGAGAUUCACUUCUAUCGCAACCUGCACAGCCGUCUCCUGAUGGACCAGGCAUGUAUGAAGAAGAAGUUGGUCACAUUGAAGCAGGAGAGCAAGGAGUUACAGCGAUAUUUGUUUGAGUUGAACCCGAAUGCUGAAGACGAACAGGAGAAGACCAGCAACCUCCAGACCCAGCAAAAUGUGGUCUCAGGAACUGCAGGAGACAUGGAAUAGGACAGAUCCCAAGAAGACAGCCCCCUGAAGAGUGAGUUUCUCUGUCAGGAGUUCCCUGCUGACGACAAUCCUCAACAGUCAAAGACUUUUUUGGGGAGAAUAUUCUUCUUCUCAGUUAAUUUCCUCAUUGUAUAGAGACCCUAAAUUUAUGUAUCCGUAUGCCAGCCUGUCUCAUUGAGGUCUUUCUCCUCUCUCAUACCGACAACACCAUUUGAGAGACAUCUGAAGGGACUGCCUUGACAUCUCGUGUCCUAGAGGAGAAACAGCACUACAACUGUGUUUCUAAAUGUUCAUUAAGAAAAUGCUGUUAAGAAAUGUUUUUGGUUAUGAUUUUCAUUGAAGUUUUCUUUUUGUUAUAUCAUAGUUAUAUAUUCUUGUUACUGUUUUUCAUUUUUUAUACCAUUUUAGUUGUUCAUUU